ACUACGGAACCAAACCCGCCAUUUCCCUCCAUCCGCUUCUUCUCUCUAACAGUCCCGUGCGCUUCUAAACUCCUCCUCUCUCUUUCUUUAAGAACACAUUGUUACUGCUUCAUUUUGCUUUUUCUGUUAUUACUUAAGGUUUUGGGCAGAGGAAGUUCCGCUUAAAAAAUUACUCCCUGUUUCGGUGCUUCUCACUCCGGUGCGGUUAAGGGGAAAUCAACCAUGGCAAGAGAACAACUACAAGUCCUUAAUGCACUUGAUGUGGCUAAAACACAAUGGUACCAUUUCACAGCAAUAGUGAUUGCUGGAAUGGGUUUUUUUACUGAUGCCUACGAUCUUUUCUGCAUCUCUCUUGUGACCAAAUUGCUUGGCAGAAUCUACUAUCACAAGGAAGGUUCUGCAACCCCUGGAUCCUUACCAUCAAACGUCUCAGCUGCUGUUACUGGUGUUGCUUUCUGUGGAACACUUGCAGGCCAGCUUUUCUUUGGCUGGCUCGGUGAUAAAAUGGGUAGAAAACGUGUUUAUGGUAUGACACUGAUGCUUAUGGUUGUUUGCUCUAUUGCUUCAGGUCUCUCUUUUAGUAAAAAUCCUACUGCUGUUAUGGCUACUCUGUGUUUCUUUCGGUUCUGGCUUGGUUUUGGCAUUGGUGGUGACUACCCACUUUCCGCUACAAUCAUGUCUGAGUAUGCUAAUAAAAAGACUCGUGGUGCUUUCAUUGCUUCUGUCUUUGCUAUGCAAGGUUUUGGAAUUUUGGCUGGUGGGAUGGUAGCUAUUGUAAUUUCUGCAGCUUUUAAAGCCAAAUUUCCUUCACAGCCUUACCAAAUUGAUCCAGUUGGGUCAACUGUACCUGAAGCUGAUUAUGUUUGGAGGAUUAUCUUGAUGUUUGGUGCUAUCCCAGCUGCACUAACUUAUUAUUGGCGUAUGAAGAUGCCUGAAACUGCGCGUUACACUGCUUUAGUUGCCAAGAAUGCAAAACAGGCUGCUGCUGAUAUGUCCAAAGUGCUUCAGGUUGAUUUGGAGAUUGAACAAGAGAAAGUUGAAGAAGUGAGAGGAAAUAAUUUUGGCCUAUUGAGUACACAAUUUGUUCGUCGCCAUGGACUUCACUUGCUCGGGACAACUACCACAUGGUUCUUGUUGGACAUUGCAUUCUACAGCCAAAAUUUGUUUCAGAAGGACAUUUUUAGUGCUAUUGGUUGGAUUCCUAAAGCUAAAACCAUGAGUGCACUUGAAGAGGUUUGCAAGAUCAGUAGAGCACAAACUCUUAUUGCCCUUUGCAGUACAGUUCCAGGGUAUUGGUUUACUGUUAUAUUCAUUGACAGAAUUGGAAGGUUUGCAAUCCAAUUGAUGGGAUUCUUCUUUAUGACAGUAUUCAUGUUUGCUUUGUCCAUACCUUACCAUCACUGGACUUUACCAGGCAAUCGAAUUGGAUUCAUUGUCUUGUAUUCAUUCACCUUCUUCUUCGCCAAUUUCGGUCCAAAUGCCACAACCUUCGUUGUGCCUGCAGAGAUUUUCCCAGCAAGAUUAAGGUCUACCUGCCAUGGCAUAUCAGCUGCAUCUGGCAAAGCGGGGGCAAUGGUAGGCAGUUUCGGUUUCUUGUACGCCGCAGAUGCUAUUGGAGUGAGGAAGUCACUUCUAAUCCUUGGUGGAGUCAACUUCUUGGGAAUGGUUUUUACUCUCUUGGUUCCCGAGUCAAAAGGGAAAUCACUCGAGGAAAUGUCUGGUGAAGAUAAGGAAGGAAAUCAAACUCAAAUCUCAGGUGUCUAAACAAAUUCUUCCAGGUUUAUUAUAUUAGCCUUUUACUCUACCAAAAUCUCUUAGCAAUAGCAUAAAAGUCAGAUAGGCAAAAAUAUGGUUAUGUGCAUAGGUUAGAGCCUUAAUUAGGUGCAAUAAGCUCUUGGCAAUGCUGUUUUCUUUUCUAGCUUUUAACUACUCGGUCUUUGCAUAGGUUGGGGCCAAGUUUUAAAAGAUUCUCACAUUAAUUGCAAGUGAAAUUAAAAAUUUUUGCCUCAUGAUCUUCAAAUAUAUGGUACUUUGAGAUUGAUUAUUAGCUAUUCAAUCUUUGAUUCUUUCAUGUUGGAUGCUAAUGUUAUGAUCACUUCUAUCA